ACGCGACACUGGCGAAGGAGCCGCAGGAGUUUUCUCAAGUUCGUUCUUUCCGUUUUCGGGACUCGAUUCCAGACUAAAACACUGGGACAAUGUCGGCUUCUUCCAACAUCACAGCCAUGAAGAAAGUCGUACAGCAGUUACGAUUCGAAGCGAAUUUAAACCGAGUCAAGGUUUCCCAGGCUGCAGCUGACCUACAACAGUUUUGCCUUCAGAAUGCCCAGCAGGACCCUCUGCUGACUGGCGUGUCCUCCAGUACCAACCCCUUCAGACCACCCAAAGUCUGCUCCUUCCUAUAGCUCACACACUGGCAUCUUUACUUCACUGCCUUCUGGAAAAUGGAGAGCCAGCAACUUUGUACCAUGAAGUGACUGUGUCAUAUUUCUGCAGGUUGCUCAUAUUGAGGUGCCUUAUGGAAUGCGUGGACAGAGUUUUGCACUAUGGAUUGGAAUGGUCUGAGUGCCAGGGAAUUCCAGGAAAGCCAACUAAUGUGUUUUUUUUUUAACUUUGACUUUUUAUAACAUCUCAAAAAUAUCUCAAGGUGCUUGUAAGAAACUGUCUUAACAUACUUACUUGGUUGUAACUUACACACACACACACACACGCCUUUUUGAAUUGUACAUUUUUUUUUGUUUGACUUUUGAGAAUAAAUGAAUAACAUUUCAACCCUGUAUGUACAUGUUUUUUUUUCUUCAGGAUAACACUCCAUACAUUUAUAAAACUGAAAUUUGUCAUAAUAACCUUGACAAUGACUGUCCAGCCCCUGUGAUGUUAAAGUUGAGGUAUUAUUACAGUGGCUGUGCUCUGUUACAGACUGAGCCAUUAUAAUAUUCUUUAAAAUAAAUCCUAAUCCAGACAACGGGUGCAGUUUACCAUGUUCCAAUGCAACUUAUCUGAUCAUAUCAUGCAUUAAAGGGUACACAAUAUUUUCACUCCAACCAAAAACAUAACAGCUCAUUUCAUUGGUUAAUACAGAACCUGUACUGGAACGGUGUUAAGAUGAAAGAAAAAAUGACUUGAAUGUCAGUUAUAUUCUAUUCCAGGAUUAAAAAAAACAACAACAUUCUGACGGAACUUGUUAUAAAUCAAUCCAGUAAACCAGCAUUCAGUUUUGUUGCCGGCAGGUUUAUCAACCUUUACUUGUUUACAAACGAGACAGUUUGUUUAUGAAAGGGAAUAUUCAUUUUGUAAUGGUCUUACUUGAGAAAAUGAGACGGUUUGCAUCAUAGAAAAGUCGCUGACAAAUGUUUUGUUUUUGUCGACUAAACACUAGACUGAAGCCAUCUGGUGUGUUUGGUGAGAAUGAAAGCCAGCACUCGGUGGAAACCUGCUGGCAGGUCGAUUUCAAUGGUUCCAGUCUCAGGUGAUGUAACUGCCAUUUUCAGGUUGGAUAGGGCCGUAAAGCGAUUCAUCACAUCGUUCCCAAUCACUGGAAUAAUAUCUCAAGAUUGACAGUUGGUUG